AUGGCAUCUGCUACUAGAUUCAGACUCGUCUUCAACGUGCCCACAAUGUCACUGGCUCAAUGCAAAGAGGCCAUUUUCGCUGCUGGAGCAGGUCGCUACCCCGGUCCAGGUAACUAUACCGAGUGUUGUUGGACCGUCAUAGGGACUGGCCAAUUUCGCCCUGGCGAUGCAGCCAAACCCCAUCUGGGAGAAGUCGGCAAGCUGGAGGAGGCCGAAGAGGCCAGGGUUGAGACCAUUUGCGUGGGUGAAGACGUCGCAAGAAAUGCUGUCAAAGCUCUGAAAAGUGCUCAUCCCUAUGAGGAGCCCUCCUACUCCGUGUAUCGACUAGAGGACUUCUGA